AUGGCUAACGUGUCACACGGCCGCGGCGGUGCCGCAAAUAUCGCACCCGACACACAAACCUAUGUCGACGGCGAAAUUGUCCGCGAAGGACUAGUCGGAAAUCAGGGCGACGGUCCGUAUUCGGCCGGCCGUGGCGGCGCGGGAAACAUCGACCACGAAGGAAGCAAAGUACACACGGCUCCAGCAGACACCGAUGUCGUCCCAGAGACAGCCACCCGAAUCGCUAAGGAAGAAUCCCAUCAUGUCGGACGAGGAGGCGCCGGGAAUGAGCUGCAUAUUCACGACAAGAAGGGUGGCUUCAUGGGCAAGCUGAAGGGGCUCUUUGGAAAAUGA